AUGGAGCAAAAUACAGAAAAACGUUCUAUUGCGCAAGAAGGUGACUCAAGUGUGAAAAGACGAGACACUUCCUGGUCCAAGGGUAUUGCUCAUCUUAAAUCCGAGUAUAUCGUGCCAUUGAGCCAAGGUGCACCUCAACAAACCGCCGUUUAUGAUGAAGAGAUGUCUUCCGACAGAAUGGUAGGUGAGGCGUCAGGUAAUAGCGGAACCAAUAAGAAGAACAGAGGCGGGAGAGGUAAGAAACGCGGUCAAAAUAAAAAUAGAGAUAACAGACAGGUCAAGGAACAAAAUGCCCUGUGCCCCCGUUUAAUUCGCGGAGACGUCUCCAAAUGCUCCUUUGGUGAUAGCUGUAGAUUUGUUCACGAUAUUAAACUGUAUCUUUCCACCAAAAAACCUGAAAUUGAAAGCGGCAUGUUUCUUUCAUGUCCGGUUUUCAGCUCAUUAGGGUAUUGUCCAAUGGGAUUUAAAUGUAGAUUUUUAUCAUCUCAUUUGAACAAAGAAGAAAGUACCCUAAUAUCAACAAAGGAAGUCGAUCCAGAAACGCAGACCAUCUGGUCUGUCAAGGGAGAAACCAACCACAUCUCGCCAGAAAGAAAAUUGGACCUAAUAAAAAGAAGAUUCCCUUUCACCAAAAGUAACGAAGUGUUGGAAAUUAUCGACUCCUUUCAGCAAGAGUGUAGAGAUUCUAUGAAGGCAGAGGAAGAAGGUGACUCGACACCAAAGGGAAAGGGAAAAGAUCAAGAAUUUGACAAAGAAUCCGGCCAACCAGUCGCUCCUCAGGUGGAGCAGAGAAUUAAAGAACUGUCAGAACAUAGAAUAAGACAACGUGAAGUGUAUCUAAAAUACAAGGACACUCGUUAUUUUGCACAAGAAAAGAAACCACUGGAUUUACAUCGCAAAAAAAUUAUAUCCCCAUUAACUACCGUGGGCAACUUACCAUACCGCCGUCUAAUGAGGAAGUUAGGUGCAGACGUAACAUACUCAGAAAUGGCCUUGGCCAUUCCCUUGAUUCAAGGUACCAAUUCAGAAUGGGCGUUACCCAAGGCUCAUAAGUCAGAGGUGCCCGGAUUUGGUGUUCAAGUGGCUUGCUCUAAGGCUUGGCAGGCAGCCAAAGCUGCGGAGGCACUUACAGAUUCGGUCAGUGAUAUCAGCGAAAUUAACUUGAACUCCGGCUGCCCCAUUGAUUUACUGUACAGACAAGGUUCUGGUAGCGCACUUCUUGACAACCCUGCAAGAAUGAUUCGUUGUUUAAACGCGAUGAAUUAUGUAUCAAAGGAUAUUCCUAUUACAGUCAAGAUCAGAACGGGUACAAAAGAAGGUCAUCCUAUUGCGGAAGGGUUGGUGAAGAGAUUAGUUAACGAGACUGAUGUGGCGGCAAUCACUUUACACGGUAGAUCUAGGCAACAAAGAUACACUAAAUCAGCGGACUGGGAAUACGUAAGUCAAGUAGCUGACACAUUAAGAUCUGCAGAAGCGGAUUUCAAGGAAACAGAGCAAGGUAAGGAAUCUAGAGACUCCAAGAAGAGAAUUCAAUUUGUCGGAAAUGGUGAUGUCAACAAUUUUGAAGACUGGUACCGUUAUCUGGAGGGAAAUACAAAUAUUGACAGUGUCAUGGUUGCCCGUGGUGCCCUGAUCAAGCCAUGGAUUUUUGAAGAGGUCGACUCGCAACAAUAUUUGGACAAGACAAGUACUGAAAGAUUAGAAAUCCUGAAAGAUUACGCACAAUUCUCCAUGGAACACUGGGGCACCGAUGAAUAUGGGAUUUCUCUAUGCCGUAGAUUCUUUUGUGAGUUUAUGUCCUUCUUCCAUAGGUAUGUCCCCAUGGGUAUUUGUGAGAGAUAUCCUGUUAAGCUGAACGAGAGACCACCGAAUUGGUGCGGAAGAGAUGAUCUUGAAACUUUAAUGGGUAGCACCGAUGUUAAUGACUGGAUCAAGUUGAGUGACAUGUUCUUUGGCAAGACUGAUGAAAACUUUGUGUUCGUGCCCAAGCACAAAAGUAACUCCUACACUAGCGGUGAGACUCGUAGAUAG